UUACUACCAGUUUAUAAAAUUGAGAAUCAAGAAAAAAUAGAACGCUCUCCGUGGAUAACGUACACACUGACACAGCUGGGGGCUUUAGGAUUGGUGACUAUAAAGAUACCGGAACUGAUUCACUGAAGCUGAUAAAAUUAUACACACAAAGCAGUAGAGUGAGGAGGAUUAAGGGAAUGAUUUGAGUGUCUUUUUUUCUUUUAUUUUUUCAAAUUCAAAUGUUAAUUUUUGCUAAUUGAAUCGGUCUACUCAUCAUUCGCAAUUCAAUGUUGAAUACUCUUUGCAGCAGCAGAAGCAGAAGCAGAAAUCACGAAUUCUGCUAUUUAAUCCCUUCCAAAACCCUCCUAAAUCCCUCACCCCAAAUCCCUCAUUUAUUCUUCUCCUUCCCAAGAUUACCCUUUGAACCCCUCCUCCACCAAGCUUCCGCCGCCCGCGAAGGGGGAAGUAGUGCGGAUUCAGGAACUCUACCGCAGUCUGCCAUCCAACGUAUCUCUGAAAAGCUACGUAGCCUUGGCUAUGUCGAAGAAGACAAAGAAAACCCAGAAAAAGGUAUAAACUAUAAUGGGUCUCCACCUGGUGAAAUAUUUGUUCCACUACCCACCAAAUUGCCCAAGUACCGUGUUGGGCAUACACUUGACCCAAGCUGGAGCACUCCCGAGAAUCCUGUGCCUGUGCCCGGGUCGGGGAAUGCAAUACAGAAUUUUCAUGAGUUGAGGCGUGGGGUUUUAAAGGAGGAGGAGGAGGAGAGGUUGAGGAGAAGGGGAGAGGAGAAAGGAGGAAACACUCCUAGCUUGGCGGAACUCACAUUGCCAGGGGAAGAGUUAAGGAGGUUGAGGUCAAUUGGUAUUGGAUUGAAGAAGAAGUUGAAGGUAGGAAAAGCCGGGAUCACUGAGGGGAUUGUGAAUGGAAUUCACGAGCGGUGGAGGCAUUCUGAGCUGGUGAAGAUCAAGUGUGAGGAUAUUUGUAGGUUAAACAUGAAGAGGACUCAUGAUCUCUUGGAGAGAAAAACAGGAGGUUUAGUCAUUUGGAGAUCUGGAAGCAACAUAAUAUUGUACAGAGGAUCUGAUUACAAGUAUCCUUACUUCUUUACUGAUAAUAAUUCAACCGAUGAUGCUUCCAAUGAAGCUUCUCUUGAUUUGGAUAUUAAUGAUGGAGUACAUGAUGGAAGGGAUACAUUAUCAUCCGGAACUCAUGCUAUGAAAUCUCCUCAACCAAACUCAUUAAUGGGCAUAUCUCAUCCACGUCUGAUUCAAGGUGUAGGUUUACCAGAUAGAGUACGAUUUCAGUUGCCUGGUGAGGCUCAACUUGCUGAAGAAGCUGACAUGCUGUUGGAAGGACUUGGUCCACGUUUUACUGAUUGGUGGGGAUAUGAUCCCUUACCGGUUGAUGCUGAUCUUUUGCCAGCAAUAGUUCCUGGAUACAAGAGACCAUUCCGUUUACUUCCCUAUGGAGUGAAAAAUAAACUGACAAAUGAUGAAAUGACAACAUUAAAGAGACUUGGUCGGCCUUUGCCGUGCCAUUUUGGGGGGGGGGGGGGGGGAGAUGGCAGAAAUAAGAAACUUCAAGGACUGGCUGCUUCUAUUGUUAAGCUGUGGGAGAAAUGUGAAAUUGCAAAAAUAGCGAUCAAGAGAGGAGUCCAGAACACAAACAGUGAAAUGAUGGCAGAAGAACUGAAGUGGCUAACAGGAGGAACCUUACUUUCACGAGAUAAGGAAUUCAUUGUCUUUUACCGAGGAAAGGAUUUCUUGCCAGCUGCAGUAUCUUCAGCAAUAGAAGAGCGGAGAAAGUAUGGGAUGGAUGGGGCGAAAACGGGAACGGAUCAUGACUUGAAUGUGAAAGAACACAAACAUGAGACCGUGGAAUAUGGCCCUCAAGAUGGACAUCACAAGUCUAGCGAUGAGAAAUUGAAGCUUCACUCUGAAGAAAGGAAAUUGAGGCAUACAAAGUCAGCUAUUGAAAGAACGAACUCUAAGUUGUCCAUGGCAUUGGCUAAGAAAGCCAGGGCAGAGAAACUUUUAGAAGAGUUAGAUAAGGAAGAGAUUCCUCAACAACUGGAAAUAGAUAAAGAGGGAAUUACUGAAGAAGAAAGGUAUAUGCUGAGGAAAGUGGGUCUGAGGAUGAAACCUUUUCUUCUUUUGGGAAGGCGAGGAGUUUUUGAUGGAACAGUUGAAAACAUGCAUCUACACUGGAAAUAUAGGGAAUUGGUUAAGGUAUUGAUAGGCAGGAGGACCAUUGAAGAGGUUCAUGGAGUAGCACGGAGUUUAGAGGCAGAGAGUGGUGGAAUAUUAGUUGCAGUUGAGCGAGUCAGUAAGGGCUACGCAAUUAUCAUCUAUCGUGGAAAGAACUAUAAACGUCCUGCUUCUUUGAGGCCUCAGACACUUCUGAGUAAAAGAGAAGCAAUGAAACGCUCAAUAGAGGCACAACGUCGUGAGUCCUUGAAAUUACAUGUUUUGAAGCUCACUCGGAACAUUGAUGAAUUGAAGCUUAGACUGUCCCAUGCUGAGGAUAAAGAUUCAAAUGACAUGCAGUUGGCCAAAGAUUUGGAACAUGAAGUGGUCAAAGAGGGGGAGAUGAACAAAAUUCCUGUUACUCAGGAUGCAAAAUCUGAUAGAAAUCCUAAAAUUGAUCACCAGUCCUACUCUGGAAGUGCCAGCUUAGAAGAGGCUAGAGGAAGCCAUGAGGCUGUUGUAACUUGUACAGACACAAUGGGUUACAUGGACACUGCAAUGGUUUCUGUACAUCAACAGGACUUGGGAGAAUCUCUACAGUCUGAGGCCAAGGGGGAAGAUGUAUUCUAUGUGUCUGAAGCAGGUCUUCAACUUAAAUCAGUAACCAAAGAAACCAAAGGUUCUUUGGAUAUAAAUGUGCAAGAUGAAAAUUUCACACUUUUUGGGUCACCAGAUCAGACAAGCUCUUGUUCCACUGCUUAUGUCAAGCCUCUCUUAUGUGAUAAUAAAGCUAUGACAUCCAACGUUGGUUUUCGAGAGGCUAUGUUAGAAUCUUCAAUAGACAAAUCUAUGGCGAAGGGGUCUUCUGGAACACCUUUCAGAGCUAGACGACUUUCCAACAGAGAGAGGCUUCUUCUACGAAAACAAGCCCUCAAGCUUAAAAGGCUACCUGUGCUUGCUAUAGGGAAGAGCAAUGUCAUUACCGGUGUUGCUAAAGCCAUAAAAGCACACUUUCAAAAGCAUCCUCUUGCCAUAGUGAAUGUUAAAGGCAGAGCCAAAGGGACAUCAGUCCAGGAGGUGAUUUUCCAGCUGGAGCAAGCCACGGGUGCUGCUCUGGUGUCUCAAGAGCCCAGUAAAGUCAUACUUUAUCGAGGUUGGGGAGCUGGAGAGGAGUUUGCCCAAGCUACUGGAAAGGUUAACAAAGAUUCGAAAAAUGACUUAGCAGGUGGAGAGAGUAAUGUUCGACCAGUUAUAUCUCCUGAGCUCAUAUCAGCGAUCAAACUUGAAUGUGGAUUGCAAUGAAUUAAUGAAACGGCAAUCAAUAUAUAGGAAAUCAUAGGUUGAAGCAUGUUUCUAAUGGCAAUGCAGCCAUCUUUCUUUGGGCAUUGAGUACUCGGGACCUGUUGUCAAAGGACUAAAUUGCACAUGACAAAUGUUGCUAGGCUAUCUGUCUUUCAGUAAAGCACCAUUCCCCACACGUGUUUGGCCAUGAAGAUUGGUAAGAUUUUCAGGUGAAACUUUACAGGUUUGGGAUAACAUGAACAUCAGAAGUGACGAAUUAAGCAAUUACAACCGUUCACAUUUGUAAAUUUUCAAGAUGUAUGCAUGUGUGUGCAUGUAUAUAUUAGUGUAUUGUGAAAAUCAUGUCCGGAAACACUGUGAUCAUAUCCUUUUUAGUAUAGGUGGCAAUAAUGUUUUUCCACAUAGUUUCUGAUUGUUAUAUUUUUGUACUUUUAUAUGGGUCGGGGUUGUCCGAUAAGCAAUAUUGGCCAAGAUGUCUACUAGUCUUGCAUAUUUGUCAUGUCAAAAAGUACCAUCUUUUGAUCCAUUAUAAACUCAAUUCAUUGUACUAAACAUUCAUAUGAUUAUAUUCAAUUUAAUGUAUCAUAAGCUUUAUUGCCUA